AUGUUGCAGAGGGUGGAUAAAGCCUUCUAUUACAAGCGGACCUCCAUUGGCUUCGCUGUCAGCUUAGCUUUGCUAGUGUUUGCUGAGCGCAGCAGAGCAGACUUGGUAGAAUCUGCACCUAGACCUGGGGCUCCUCUUCCUCCACCCAUUCCUUCUGGCGAAUGUCCCCUGGUCUUCCUGCAGGCAGACAUACAGUAUGCAAAGCAGACUGCAUGCUCCUCAGGCACAGCUACUGCGAGCAGUGUAGGCGCAGCUGUUGCAUCUGCCAACAGCCUAGCUACCACAUGCUGCAGUCAACUGAAGGCUGUCCUUUGGAAGGCACGAGGGCGGUAUGCCAACGAGACUGGACGCCUCCUCCUGCCUCAGGCAUCUGCUGACACUUGUGUCCAGAGUUUGAACAACUCGGUGAUAGCUGCUGGGCUACCUGCUGUUGGCACGUGCCAAAUUGAGAGCGAUGUAUUCUCGGAAGAUGCGGGGAAAGCAUGUGGCGACGAUCUCACGACUGUGUACAAUUUUUGGUCUGCAUCAAAUCGGACUUUUCCAGGAACGGUUGGUAUCAGUUGCUAUGGAGCAAAUGCAGACUGCGGUCUCUGUACCACCCUCAUUCAGAACAAGAUUCUGUCACUAGGCAGCAGCGCCACGGCCUUGCUAGCAUCGACGUCAUGCCAAGAUCUUGCUCAGGUUGCAAUGGCCGCGGCGGCAUACCCCCUCGCCAUCGCAAACGGCAUCGCUCGGUGCCUUUACACCGUGGACAUUGCACCCAUUCCUCAAGCAACCAAGUGCACGUCGUACGAUUGGUCGAGGCAGAACUGGACGUCCAUCGUUCGCAGCUGCGGGCCGGAGAAGUAUCGAGCGGACCGCUGCUGUAAUCUUAUAUACGGACAGUACCAGAUGAUGCUGGCAGCCAGCCUGAACAAGACGAACUACGUGUUGGACCAGGGGCAAUCCGACGUAUGCUUCUCGGAAUUCAAGGCUUCACUCGUCGCGCAAGGCAUUCCCCCCGCCACGCCAGAGCUCUGUCGCGUGACACCCGCAAGCGGUCUCUUGAACAUCGGUUGUUUCAACUACUCCACACUUCAACAAACGAUUCCCACCCGUUACUUCCAUUACUUUGCGGGCAACUGCACGCGUGCGUCGCCCGACAACUGCCGCCACUGCACACAAACUCUCAUCGACGUUGGAACCGAGCUUGCGAACAACACCAGUGUCGAGUACCUGAACUCUUGCCAGCAGCUGGCUGUGCAUCAGUAUUACCGGUGGCUUGGCAGGAUCGACUUACCACCCGAGCCAGCGAAUUGCUACUAUCAAUUUCCCCCGGGGCUGGAGCUCACGAUAGUGCCCUUACCCCCGGGCAAAAGCUCGUCCAAAGUUGGCCUCGUAGCCGGGCUGAGUUCCGCAAGCGCGGCUGUGCUUCUUGCGGUACUAGCGGGUGUUGCCUUCUUCCUGUGGAGGCGUUAUCCUCUGUACAAGGCCGAGUGGGACGCCGAGAAGAAGACGCUCGGCCGCUUAUCGUCGCUGCGACAGAGGGUCGUGGGGACGCGGUUGCAAGUGUUCACGAAGAAGCAGCUGAGUAAAGCGACCCAGGACUUCAGCGAGAGCCGUUUGGUGGGCGUUGGGGGUUCGGGAAAAGUGUACGUCGGAGAGCUGAACGGGGAAGUAGUUGCGGUGAAGGACGCCACGUUUGGGUCCAACAAAAAUGGAGCCAAGGAAGCAUGGAACGAGGUCGCAACUCUGGCCCAGUACCGGCACCGUCAUCUGGUGGUCCUUAAGGGCUGCUGCAUCUCCGGAACGCACUCCUUCCUGGUCUACGAGUUUCUGGAGCAAGGCAGCGUCGACGACCACCUGUGCCCGGUGGGGGUAGUCCCGGUUGGCCGCCCCGCUGAGCACAGUGUGCGCGCGCACUACUUGGACUGGCCCACGCGCGAGAAGAUCGCCCUGGGGACGGCCAAGGGGCUGGCCUACCUGCACGAGUGUAAGCCGCGGUGUAUUCACCGAGACGUGAAGCUGAGCAACAUCUUGCUGACCAACGAAUUUGAAGCCAAGUUGGCCGACUUCGGACUUGCAAGGCGUACAGACCCGCAUGACACGCACGUCACCACAGCGAUCGCCGGCACGUGGGGCUACUUAAGCCCCGAGUACAUGGCCACCGGGAAGCUCACCGAGAAGAGUGACGUGUACAGCUUCGGGGUGGUGCUGCUCUGCCUCGCGGCCGGGAGAAGGCCCACUCAACCCAACGGACCAGAGGACCAGAUCCACCUACCGGAAUGGGCGUGGUCCCUUGCGGAACGGAACGAGCUCGAGCAACUGAUCGACCCGCGGCUCGAAGGGGAGCAACGGGAGUACGCGGCGAACAUGGAGCGCACGACCAAGAUUGCUCUGCUGUGCGUCCACACGGCGGCCAGCGUCCGGCCCAGCAUGCGGCAGUGCGCGGACAUGCUCUUGGGGCGGAUGGAGGUGCCCCGGCUUCCGAGGCGCCCCCCGACCCUCUAUACAAUCUCCUCGUUGGCGUCGUCCGAUCCUGAUAGUUCAGCGGGGCUUUCCUUGGGGCAACAGAGCUCGAGCCUGAGCACUGGGGGCGCCGGAGGGUUCUCCACUUCAAGCGAUCAUGAUGCGAAAAGCAUCCCUUAG